GUGGAGGGCACUUCAGUGACUCUGACCUGUAGCAGCGAUGCUAACCCAGCAGCUACGUAUGUCUGGCACAAGAUGAACAAUCAAACACCUGUCAGCACAGAUUCACAGUUCUCCUUCAAGUCCAUCCAGCCUGCUGACUCUGGAGAGUAUUACUGUACAGCUGAGAACAGGCUGGGAACAUCAACACCUACAAACAUUUCUGUUGAUGUGAAAUAUGCUCCAAAGCCUCCCUCUGUGUCAGUGAGUCCGUCUGGUGAGAUCAAGGAGGGCACUUCAGUGACUCUGACCUGUAGCAGUGAAGCUAACCCAGCAGCUACGUAUGUCUGGUACAAGAAGAACAAUCAAACACCUGUCAGUACAGAUUCACAGCUCUCCUUCAAGUCCAUCCAGCCUGCUGACUCUGGAGAGUAUUACUGUACAGCUGAGAACAGGCUGGGAACAUCAACACCUACAAACAUUUCUGUUGAUGUGAAAUAUGCUCCAAAGCCUCUCUCUGUGUCAGUGCGUCCCUCUGGUGAAAUCAAGGAGGGCACUUCAGUGACUCUGACCUGUAGCAGUGAAGCUAACCCAGCAGCUACGUUUGUCUGGUACAAGACAAAUGGAAGGACACCUCUCAAGAUUGGCGAGUCAUCCCCCUCAUUCCCAGACUAUGCUUCCUCAACAAAAGACGUGCCAGUGGGAUUAAGGAGGUCCUCGAAGCGUUCCCAGUGGAUCGGUCUGCCAGGACCUCUGCUCCUGGCCGCUCCUGGCACAAAAUGCACCCGACCCCUACGGCGUCUCCUGCAGGUGGUGGGCCUGCAGGAGGAUUGGCCCAUGUCUCUCUUUUGGGCUGUGCCCGGCUGUGCCCUGUGGACUAAGGCCCGGCCACCAUACACUCGCCUUUGGGCAGCUUCCCCAGGCCUGGCUCCAGGACGGAGCCCCGAUGCUCCAAAGUUUGUGUCAGUGAUGGUGAGCCCUUCUAAUGAAUUCAGGGAGGGCGGAUCAGUGACUCUGACCUGUAGCAGUGAUGCUAAUCCAGCAGCUCAAUACUCCUGGUACAAGAAGAAUGGACAAAAGCCUCUCAGUAAUGAACAGCAGCUCUCCUUCAGCUCCAUCCAGCCCUCUGACUCUGGAGAGUGGUGGCCUCCGGCUGAUAAGCUGGAGGAGGUGUCUGGGGAGAAGGAGGCCUGGGUUUCUCUGCUGAGGCUGCUGACCCCACAUGAUGAACCGUUGGAUCUGAAAACAUACGCGCCGUACUCGCGCCGAGCGGAGUACCGCUUUCAUGAGAACGACUGCACUCUGAGGAUCACAGAUCUGAGAGAGAGAGACUCAGCUGAGUACAAGUUCAGAUUCGUAACAAAUCAGCCUGAUGGAAGUUAUACUGGCUCACCUGGAGUCACUUUGACUGUCACGGUUUCUCCAAAGCUCUACUAUAUGUUAGUGAAUCCUUCUGCUGAAGCAGAGGAAGGAACUUCAGUGUCUCUAAACUGUGGCUUUAAUGCUAACCCAGCAGCUAAUUACAGCUGGUACAAGGGAAACAUCCAAACACGUAUCAGUGAAGGAACGGCCCUCGACUUUCCGUCUAUCCAGCCCUCUGACUCUGGAGAAUAUUACUGCACAGCUGAGAACGAGCUGGGGAGGAGUGCGUCUCAGUCCAUCUUUAUUAACGUGAAAUAUGCUCCAAAACUUGUUAAUGUGUCAGUGACUCCCUCUGGUGAGAUAGUGGAGGGCAAUUCAGUAACUCUGACUUGUAGCAGUGAUGCUAACCCAGCAGCUAAAUACACCUGGUAUAAGGGGAAUAACAAUAAACCUCUAAGUGUAGACACACAGCUUGUCUUCACCUCAAUCCAGCGAUCAGAGUCUGGACAGUAUCGCUGCAGAGCUUACAACAGAGUGGGGGCGACAUCUGACACCAUCUCUAUUCAUGUGAAAUAUCCCCCAAAGUUUGUCUCAGUAUCAGUGAGUCCUUCUAAUGAAAUCAGUGAGGGGAGCUCAGUAACUCUCACUUGUAGCAGUGAUGCUAAACCAACAGCUAACCACUUCUGGUACAAGGAUGAUGAUCAGACACCUCUCAGUAAUGAACGACAGCUCUCCAUCACCUCCAUCCAGUCCUUUGACUCUGGAGAGUAUGUCUGUGCAGCUGAGAACUACCUGGGAAGGAUGACGUCUGAAUUCAUCUUUAUUGUUGUGAUAUAUGCUCCAAAGUCUCUCUCUGUGUCGUUCAGUCCCUCUGGUGAAAUCCAGGAGGGCAAUUCAGUGAAUCUGACUUGUAGCAGUGAUGCUAACCCCGCAGCUAACUACACCUGGUACAAGGAGAAUAGCCAAACACCUCUCGUUGUAGAACCACAGCUCUCCUUUAUCUCCAUACAGCCCACUGAUUCUGGAGAAUAUUACUGCCAAGCUGUAAACAAAGUGAAUACUUCCACGCCUAAAUACAUCUCUAUCCAUGUGGCAUAUGCUCCAAGGCCUCUCUCUAUGUCAGUGAGUCCCUCUGCUGAGAUAGUGGAGGGCAGUUCAGUGAAUUUGACCUGCAGCAGUGAUGCUAACCCUGCAGCUAAUUACACCUGGUAUAAGACGAACAAUCAAACCCCUCUCAUUAAAGAACCACAGCUCAUCUUCAGCUCCAUCCAGUCCUCUGACUCUGGGGAAUAUUACUGUACAGCUGAGAACAAGCUGGGGGUCUCAUCACCAACAUACAACAUCUCUAUUAAUGUGACAUAUGCUCCAAAGCUUCCCUCUGUGUCAGUGAGUCCCUCUGCUGAGAUAGUGGAGGGCAGUUCAGUGACUCUGACCUGUAGCAGUGAUGCUAACCCAGCAGCUAACUACACCUGGUACAAGGAGGGGCUAUUCCUGACUUGGCCACCAGAGGGCGUUCAUCAUUUCACCUCCAUCAGCUCUGAGAACAGAGGAAACUACUCCUGCAAAUCAGAGAAUCAGUAUGGACAGAUCAACUCUUCACGUGUGUUUAUAAAUGUCCAGUAUGCUCCAAAGCUUCCCUCUGUGUCAGUGAGUCCCUCUGCUGAGAUAGUGGAGGGCAGUUCAGUCACUCUGACCUGUAGCAGUGAUGCUAACCCAGCAGCUAGUUACACCUGGUACAAGGAGAAUGAAGCACUGCCUCUAGGACCAGAGGGCAGUCAUCAUUUCACCUCCAUCAGCUCUGAGGACAGAGGAAACUACUUCUGCAAAUCAGAGAAUCAGUAUGGACAGAUCAAGUCAUCAUAUGUCUUUAUAAAUGUUCAGUAUGCUCCAAAACUUCCCUCUGUGUCAGUGACUCCGUCUGGAGAGAUAGCAGAAGGCAGUUCAGUGACUCUGACCUGUAGCAGUGAUGCUAACCCAGCAGCUAAUUACACCUGGUACAAGGAGAAAGAAGACUCACAAAAGGCACAUGGACAAACCUUCACCAUUGACAAGUUUAGUCCUGCACACAGUGGGACUUACCAGUGUAAAGUCCAGAACAACAGAGGACAUCACAGCUUGACCUUUCUCUUGGCUGUUGUACGGUUAAGUGGGAAUGGCACUGAAAUGUGGAAAAUCAUUGCUGGAACAGUGAUUGGCAUUCUUCUUGUUGUCAUACUCAUGUGGAUUUUAUUAUCGAUAUGGAAAAAGCAGAUCCCCAGAAAGCUCCCUGAGCCUACAGAGAGCCCAGGCACAAGUGCACAGAAGCAACCAGUAGAGCAGAAGUGCAACCUUCAGUAUGCCAGCAUUCAGUUUUCUAAGAAGCAGACAGAUCCUCUCUAUUCCAACAUCAACCCAGCUCAGGCCCAGAAGCACAAGAAAGAAGAAGAAGAGGAAAACAAAAUCCAUUAUGCUACUGUCAAGUUUGCCAGUGCCAGUGGAGCACCAAGGUAA